AUGACUGUCACACCUAAGAUCUCCGUCAACGAUAGGAAAUUGGUUGUUCAUGGCAAGACCAUUCUAACCGGAGUACCGGACAACGUUGUGCUGACUCCAGGAUCUGGAAGUGGCCUUGUGACUGGUGCUUUUGUUGGUGCUACUGCUUCCCAUAGCAAAAGUCUCCAUGUGUUUCCCAUCGGUGUCUUAGAGGAGCUCCGCUUCAUGUGUUGUUUCCGGUUCAAGUUAUGGUGGAUGACUCAGAGAAUGGGAACUUGUGGGAGGGAUGUUCCUCUGGAAACACAGUUCAUGCUUAUUGAGAGCAAAGAGAGUGAAGUGGAUGGAGAGAAUUCUCCAACCAUCUACACUGUCUUCCUUCCUCUCCUAGAAGGUCCUUUCCGAGCUGUUCUUCAAGGAAAUGACAAGAACGAGAUAGAGAUUUGCUUCGAGAGUGGGGAUAACGCGGUUGAGACUGAUCAAGGCCUUCACCUAGUCUACAUGCAUGCUGGGACCAACCCAUUUGAAGUCAUCAAUCAAGCAGUCAAGGCUGUGGAAAACUACAUGCAAACAUUUCUUCAUCGUGAGAAGAAAAGGUUGCCAUCUUUUCUUGACUGGUUUGGCUGGUGCACAUGGGAUGCUUUCUAUACUGAUGUCACAGCUGAGGGUGUUGAGGAAGGCCUGAAAAGUCUAUCUGAGGGAGGUACACCACCACGGUUCCUCAUCAUAGAUGAUGGCUGGCAACAGAUUGAAAGUAAACAAAAGGAUGUUGACUGUGUUGUACAAGAAGGAGCACAGUUUGCUACUAGAUUGACUGGUAUUAAAGAGAAUACUAAAUUUCAGAAGAAAACACAGAGCAAUGACCAGAUAUCAGGUCUGAAGCAUCUAGUAGAUGGAGUAAAGCAGCAUCACAACGUGAAAAAUGUGUAUGUAUGGCAUGCACUAGCUGGCUAUUGGGGUGGAGUGAAGCCAGCAGCAACUGGCAUGGAGCAUUAUGACACUGCCUUGGCAUAUCCAGUGCAGUCACCAGGUGUGCUAGGAAACCAGCCAGACAUUGUCAUGGACAGCUUGGCUGUACAUGGCCUAGGCCUAGUGCACCCAAAGAAGGUUUUCAAUUUCUACAAUGAGCUCCAUGCUUACUUGGCUUCAUGUGGAGUGGAUGGAGUGAAGGUUGAUGUGCAGAACAUCAUUGAGACCCUUGGUGCCGGACAUGGUGGAAGAGUCUCUCUUACACGCAGCUAUCAUCACGCGCUUGAGGCUUCCAUUGCUCGUAACUUCACUGACAAUGGAUGCAUUGCAUGCAUGUGUCACAACACUGAUGGGCUUUAUAGCGCCAAGCAGACUGCUGUUGUGAGAGCCUCUGAUGAUUUCUACCCUCGUGAUCCUGCUUCUCACACCAUCCAUAUUUCAUCUGUUGCAUACAACUCACUUUUCCUUGGGGAGUUCAUGCAACCUGAUUGGGACAUGUUUCAUAGUUUACACCCUGCAGCAGAAUAUCAUGCUGCAGCUCGUGCAAUAGGUGGAUGUCCAAUUUAUGUCAGUGACAAGCCAGGCAACCACAAUUUUGAUCUUCUCAAGAAGCUGAUUCUUCCUGAUGGUUCGGUUCUCCGAGCACAGUUACCAGGCAGGCCAACUCGUGAUUCUCUCUUUGUUGAUCCAGCCAGAGAUAGGACUAGCUUGCUCAAAAUCUGGAACAUGAACAAAUGCUCUGGAGUUGUUGGUGUAUUUAACUGCCAAGGUGCAGGGUGGUGCAAGGUAGAGAAGAAAACCCGCAUCCAUGAUACAUCUCCUGGUACACUAACUAGCUCUGUCUGUGCCUCUGAUGUUGAUCUCAUCACCCAAGUAGCAGGUGCUGAAUGGGUUGGAGAUACAAUUGUUUAUGCUUACAGAUCAGGUGAGGUGAUUCGGCUACCAAAGGGGGUUUCAGUUCCGGUGACACUAAAAGUUCUUGAAUUUGAACUUUUCCAUUUCUGUCCAAUCCAUGAAAUAGCACCAAGUAUUUCAUUUGCAGCAAUAGGGCUACUGGAUAUGUUCAACACUGGAGGAGCUGUGGAGGUGGUUGAAAUUCAGAAAGCCUCUAACAGCAAACCAGAACUGUUUGCUGGUGAGAUGUUAUCAGAAUUAACCUCUUCUCUCAGUCCUAACCGAGCAGCAACAGCAACUAUUGCUCUUAGAGUGAGGGGAAGAGGCAGAUUUGGAGUUUACUCCUCUCAACGCCCACUGAAGUGUGUGGUAGGUGGCAUUGAAACCGAUUUCAACUACGACUCAGAGACUGGAUUGGCAACCUUCUCCAUCCCAGUUCCUCAAGAGGAGAUGUACAGAUGGUCAAUAGAGAUCCAAGUUUGA